CCAGCCUGCCUGUCUGUCUUCGUAGUGCACCCUCCACCCGGGUCCCGGGUUGCACAUCGACUCUGGGUUUGGCUCGAUUUGCAGCCCGAGCGUCCCCUGCAGGUCGAGAGGGGCGCCAGCCCCGGGGCGGCGGCCUCUUCGGUCUCCUCCCCCACUUCGGUGGUCCUGGGUUCCCGAGGAGUGCGGGGUCUCAGGAGCGGGCGGGCGCGGGGUGCUGGGGACGUGGGGGCCCCCGUUCCCCGGAGCCUCCCUCGCAUUCUCCCUCUCUCCCAGGUCCGAGCAUCCCCCGACUACCAUGUCUGCAGCCUGGAUCCCUGUUCUCUGCCUCGGUGUCUGUCUGCUGCUGCCGGAGCCCGCGGGCAGCGAGGGAGCCGUUCCCAUCACCAUCACGUGCUUUACCAGAGGCCUGGACAUCAGGAGAGAGAAAGCAGACGUCCUCUGCCCAGGGGACUGCCCUCUUGAGGAAUUCUCCGUGUUUGGGAACAUCGUGUAUGCUUCUGUAUCGAGCAUAUGUGGCGCCGCCAUCCACAGGGGAGUAAUCAGCAACUCAGGGGGACCUGUGCGAAUCUAUAGCCUCCCAGGUCGAGAAAACUAUUCCUCAGUAGUUGCAAAUGGCAUCCAGUCUCAGACGCUUUCCAGAUGGUCUGCUUCUUUCACAGUGACAAAAGGCAAAAGUGGUACCCAGGAAGCCACAGGACAAGCAGUGUCCACAGCACGUCCACCAACAGGUAAACGACUAAAGAAAACACCCAAUAAGAAAGCUGGCAAUAAAGACUGCAAAGCAGACAUUGCAUUUCUGAUCGAUGGCAGUUUUAAUAUUGGGCAGCGCCGAUUUAAUCUACAGAAGAAUUUCGUUGGGAAGGUGGCUCUAAUGUUGGGAAUUGGAACAGAAGGACCACACGUGGGCCUAGUUCAAGCCAGUGAACAUCCCAAAAUAGAAUUUUACUUGAAAAACUUUACAUCAGCCAAAGAUGUUUUGUUUGCCAUAAAGGAAGUAGGUUUCAGAGGGGGUAACUCCAAUACAGGAAAAGCCUUGAAGCACACUGCCCAGAAAUUCUUCACAGCAGAGACUGGAGUGAGAAAAGGGAUCCCCAAAGUGGUGGUGGUAUUUAUUGAUGGCUGGCCUUCUGAUGAUAUUGAGGAAGCAGGCAUUGUGGCCAGAGAGUUUGGUGUCAAUGUAUUCAUAGUUUCUGUGGCUAAGCCUAUCCCUGAAGAACUGGGGAUGGUUCAGGAUGUUGCAUUUGUUGACAAGGCUGUCUGUCGGAAUAAUGGCUUCUUCUCUUACCACAUGCCCAACUGGUUUGGCACCACAAAAUAUGUAAAGCCUCUGGUCCAGAAGCUCUGCACUCACGAGCAAAUGAUGUGCAGCAAGACCUGUUAUAACUCAGUGAACAUUGCCUUUCUAAUUGAUGGCUCCAGCAGUGUUGGGGACAGUAAUUUCCGCCUCAUGCUUGAAUUUGUUUCCAACAUAGCCAAGACUUUUGAAAUCUCAGACAUUGGUGCCAAGAUAGCUGCUGUACAGUUCACCUAUGAUCAGCGCACAGAAUUCAGUUUCACUGACUAUAGCACCAAAGAAAAUGUCCUAGCCGUUAUCAGAAACAUCCGCUAUAUGAGUGGUGGAACAGCUACUGGUGAUGCCAUUUCCUUUACUGUUAGAAAUGUGUUUGGUCCCAUGAGGGACAGCCCCAACAAGAACUUCCUGGUAAUUGUCACAGAUGGGCAGUCCUAUGAUGAUGUUCGAGGCCCUGCCGCUGCUGCGCAUGAUGCAGGUAUCACCAUCUUCUCUGUUGGUGUGGCUUGGGCACCUCUGGAUGACCUGAAAGAUAUGGCCUCUAAACCAAAGGAGUCGCAUGCUUUCUUCACAAGAGAGUUCACAGGAUUAGAACCAAUUGUUUCCGACGUCAUCAGAGGAAUUUGUAGAGAUUUCUUAGAAUCCCAGCAAUAAUGGUCAGUCAUGUUUUGACAACUGAAAGAAAAAGUGCAAUGGGAUAUAAUGUAUAAGUUAUAUUCUCAUAAUACUGAAAUACUAUAUAACAUACUAGGAUCAGAUACACAACUGUUAUAUUAAAGAUGGCAACUGUUUUAAGCAAAUAAGCAUUCAUUUAAAGCUACUACCUUCUAAUUACGACUUAGACUUAAUUGUUCCAAACACUCUGCUGAGGCUUCAUAAUCAUGACCCUUAGAUACUCAGGAAAGAGGAAAUAUCAUGGAUUAAAAUCUUACAAGUUCUGUUCUAACAUGAGUAUUAAAUGUAUAGACAUGCAAAUUCCAUAGCUCAAUAAAAGAAUCUGAUACUUAGACCAAAA